AUGCAGAAGCUGAACGAGCUCUUCUCCGGCGGCGGAGACGGCGACGGAGCAUCGGAUAACUUCCUAGAAGAUGGAUCGGAGGGUCUCUGUUCUCUCUCUACCACCCAGAGAAUGUACGCAUUCGCCGCGUCUCUGGCCGCUGGUCUGCUGCUUAUGUUUCUGUCCAUGAUUGUAUUUUCCAUCCCCAUCAAAUUUGCACUGCUCUUCACAUUUGGAAAUGUGCUCGCUAUUGGAAGCACAGCUUUCCUCAUGGGACCUGAGCAACAGCUAAAUAUGAUGUUGGACCCUGUUCGUCUCUACGCUACAUCCAUUUAUAUCGGAUGUGUUGUUCUUGCACUCAUUUGUGCACUCUUGAUCCACAGCAAAAUUUUGACCUUUCUUGCAAUCAUAUGCGAGAUUUGUGCACUUAUUUGGUACAGCCUCAGUUAUAUACCAUUUGCAAGAAGGAUGGUCUCUGAAAUAAUGAUCCGUCUCUUUGACACUGAGCUAUAG